AUGGAUGUUUCACAGGCCGAAGGAGCAGCAGGGCAGUUAACAACAUCCCCCGCAAUUGAUGGCUUCUUGCCACAAGAGAGACCACGCACAAGCCAGGGAGCGCAUUGUGGUAUUGGAAUUGGUAUGCUGGUACGGGAAUACGGUAGUCUCUCUAACCUGGAUAAGUUCUACUUUGCUUUUCCCGGGGAGCUGCUAAUGAGAAUGCUCAAACUCAUCAUUCUGCCGUUAAUCAUAUCAAGCAUGAUCACAGGUGUUGCUGCUUUGGAUUCCAGCAUUUCUGGGAAGAUUGGUUUGCGGGCAAUUAUAUAUUAUUUUUGCACUACUGCCCUUGCCGUAAUUCUAGGGAUUGUGUUAGUUGUGAUCUUUAAACCUGGAACAUCUCAAAGAGCAGAAGAGAUAGUGAGAGUGGGCAGUACCCCUGAGGUCACUACUGUUGACACUUUGUUGGAUCUGAUCAGGAAUAUGUUUCCAGAAAACCUCGUCCAAGCCUGUUUUCAACAGUAUAAAACCAAACGUGAAAAAGUGGAUGUUAUGAGUGGUGUGGAAAAAAAUGGCUCUGUUCCUAGAGAAGAUAUUGUGGCAAUUGUCAUGACGUCACAGGUUUCAGAGAACAAAACCCAAGAAUACAAAGUUGUGGGCAUAUAUUCAGAUGGCAUCAAUGUACUGGGCUUGAUCAUCUUUUGUCUUGUUUUUGGAGUUGUUAUUGGGAAAAUGGGAGAGAAAGGACGAGUGCUGGUGGAUUUUUUCAAUGCACUGAAUGAAGCUACCAUGAGAAUAGUUCAGAUAAUCAUGUGGUAUAUGCCACUUGGUAUCAUGUUUUUAAUUGCCGGGAAGAUAAUAGAAGUUGAUGACUGGGAGAUCUUUCGUAAACUGGGUCUUUAUAUGGCUACAGUAUUAAGUGGACUUGCAAUCCAUUCCACUGUAAUUCUGCCAUUGAUCUACUUGAUAAUAGUAAGGAAAAAUCCUUUUCGGUUUGCUAUGGGGAUGGCUCAAGCACUUCUGACAGCCCUCAUGGUUUCUUCCAGUUCAGCAACUUUGCCUGUCACUUUUCGCUGUGCAGAAGAAAAGAACUUUGUUGACAAAAGAAUAACCAGGUUCGUCCUUCCGGUUGGAGCUACCAUCAACAUGGAUGGCACAGCUCUCUAUGAAGCAGUGGCAGCUAUAUUUAUUGCACAGCUGAAUGACUUAGAACUGGAUAUUGGCCAAAUAAUUACCAUAAGCGUCACGGCGACGGCGGCCAGCAUUGGAGCUGCGGGCGUGCCGCAGGCGGGCCUGGUCACCAUGGUCAUCGUGCUGAGCGCCGUCGGCCUGCCCGCCGAAGACGUGACCCUCAUCAUCGCUGUGGACUGGCUCCUGGAUCGAUUCAGAACGAUGGUGAAUGUCUUGGGAGAUGCCUUUGGUGCAGGUGUAGUGGAGAAACUCUCCAAAAAGGAGCUGGAGCAGAUGGAUGUCACCUCAGAAGUCAACAUAGUCAAUCCUUUCGCCUUGGAAACAACUACGCUCGAUAAUGAUGAAACGGAGACCAAGAAAUCCUACGUCAAUGGGGGCUUUGCCGUGGAUAAGUCUGACACCAUAUCGUUUACGCAGACAUCUCAGUUCUAAAUCCAGAAGCUUCAGGUGAAGCAGGUGCACUAAAGGACAUGACUAUAUGCAUGAUCUCAAAAAGUUUAGGGGAUAAUUGAGAAUGA